AUGGCUGACCAAGUCGGAGCCGUAAUGAAGUUAUUGAAUGUGGACUCUCCAAAUGUACAGUUUGUUGGAAUCCAUGGGAUGGGAGGUAUUGGUAAGAUAACUCUUGCAAAGCUGGUCUUCAAUGAACUCUCCCAUCGCUUUGAAUACUGCAGCUUCAUCAAUGAUAGUCGAAAGUCAUCAAAAGGUGAGCCUACAAAGUUGCAAACAAAACUACUUGUCGAUCUUCUUUGGAAGUUUCCAAGCGUUUCUGACAAUGAGGAUGGUGUUAAGAGGAGUAGAGAUGUGCUUCGUAACAAGUUAGUUCUUCUUGUUCUUGAUGAUGUGGAUCAUAUAGAGCAGAUUGAUAGACUAGCUGGGAAUUCUAGUUGGUUUGGCUCAAGAAGUAGGAUCAUUAUUACAACUAGAGAUAAGAGCAUAAUUGAACGAGAUCCAUUGCACAAAAUUAUGCAGUUUGAAAUGAUGGAAAUGAAUUACUACCAGGCUCUCCAACUUUGUAGUAAGCAAGCGUUUAAGGAAGACUUCCCUCCCACCUAUUAUCUCGAUCUUUCAACGGAAGUUAUCUCCAUUGUUGGAAAGCUUCCUCUGGCUCUUGAGAUUAUAGGUUCACAUCUUCAUGGGAAACACAGAGAUGAGUGGAAAGAAAACAUUAGAACAUUGGCAAGAAUACCUCACGAGAAUGUCCAGAAGAAGCUGAGACUAAGUUACGACAAAUUAGAUUGUCGAGCACAUCAAAUAUUUCUUGAUAUUUCAUGUUUUUUCAAUAACAAGGACAAGACAAAUGCGAUGUACAUGUGGGAGGCUUAUCUUGGAAGAGAAAUAGUUUGUUUGGAGAAUUUCAUCGAUUUUGGAAAGCACAGUAGAUUGUGGGAGCACAAGGAAGCCAUUGCUAUGCUGAAGAGCAAAAAGACGCGAGAGGAGUUCAUUACACGGCUCGAGCGAGUGACCCAAGCCCUCGAGAGUUCCGGUGGAAUAAGAAGUCACCUAUGGGUGCAGAGAGAUUAUCGCCCAAAGGGAAUCCCAAUUUUCAAUGGAAGCUUGAGUACCGAAGAAUUCUUGGCGUGGAUUUCGGAUGUGGACCGAUUCUUCGACUACUACGGCAUUCCUGAUGAUGGAAACCGAGUUGAUCGUGUUGUUUAUCGUUUAAAAGAUAAAGCUUCUACUUGGUGGCACGGGUUAUAA